AUGUCGCUCUUUCUCCAGUUGGUAGAGUCUAUAUUAAAGACUGCGGAAUUGGUGCCGGAUCCCGUGACAGGCCACCUGCUGCCCCCGGAUUGCCCGAGUGUGGGGUCACUGGUCCACACCACCGGACUGUGUAAGCCGUGUGUCUUUGCCCACAAGAUGUCUCGCGUGUGCCUGAACGGAAUCAACUGCGCUUUCUGCCAUUACUCUCACGCACACCGCCGCCGCAGAAGACAGACUGCCAAUCGCAAACUAGACCCCUCCCCCAUUAGCGAGGACAUCACCAGCGACGGAGGGAACUCUGAAGGCUGCUCCUCCUCCCCCAGUAACUCCUCAUCCGCGGCCCUCAUUAUGGAAUCCCUCAUCCAACUACUCCUCCUCGAACAAGAGGACCUAUCUCAACCAUGCGGUCUGCAACACUGA